AGCAACAACGUCGGACGGCGGCUGUCCUCUUACAAAGUGGCCAAGCGGACGGCGACUUCCCCGCUUUGGUAGCUCAGCCUCUAAACAACAUCCAGGAACCACAAGGCUUGAGCAGACACAAGAUGGUGAUCACCAGCGUGGCAUCCCUCAGAAGGACAUCACCGGCCGUGGAUGUCUGCUGCAGAUGUUCGCAGUGAAGACGAGCAGACUGGAGAGGACGUAGUAACAGGUGCUGCGUGCCGAGGUGGAUUUGGAGAGAGCUGAAGAUCAUGGGUAAAUCAAACAGCAAGCUCAAGCCAGAGGUGGUGGAGGAGUUGACGAGGAAAACUUAUUUUACAGAGAAAGAGGUGCAGCAGUGGUACAAAGGCUUCAUCAAGGAUUGUCCAAGUGGGCAGCUGGAUGCCGUGGGCUUCCAGAAGAUAUAUAAGCAGUUUUUUCCUUUUGGAGAUCCCACGAAGUUUGCGUCCUUCGUCUUCAAUGUAUUUGACGAAAAUAAGGACGGACGCAUCGAGUUCUCGGAGUUCAUCCAGGCCCUGUCAGUGACCUCUCGGGGGACUCUGGAUGAGAAGCUGAGAUGGGCUUUUAAAUUAUAUGACCUUGACAACGAUGGCUACAUAACCCGUGAUGAGAUGCUGAACAUCGUCGAUGCCAUAUAUCAGAUGGUGGGGAACACUGUGGAGUUACCAGAGGAAGAAAACACACCAGAAAAGCGAGUGGACCGCAUUUUUGCAAUGAUGGACAAGAACGCCGAUGGGAAGCUGACUCUGCAGGAGUUUCAGGAAGGUUCAAAGGCAGACCCCUCUAUUGUUCAGGCAUUGUCACUCUAUGAUGGACUUGUGUAGAAAUGUAAGAUGGAUCCAGCUCAGCAUCCUCCUGCCCGUUACACACCAGUACAGCACCAUCACACCUGUAAUGGGAGGACGCCACAUUUAACUUGAUCACCCAGAAGUGGACUGCAAACUUUUGUCGCACGGCCAUACUGUGUCAAGUAGCUGUUCGUCUACAUUUCCAAUAAGGAUCGUGACCACAUAUAUCCUCUGAUGCGACGGAGAAUUCAAAACAUGUCAGCAAAACCCUCAUUUAUCUGUGCUUCUACAGCUAUGUGGCACCACGUACACCCUUGAGUGUUGUAGACUCUGUACGAACAUUUCUGCGAGCGCAGUGUUGUGGUUUCCCCAUGGACAGUCCAGGGAGCUGAAUUCCCGUGGAGAUGCUGGUGUGCGUCUCGUUCACGUGCUGCAAAGCACUGGAUGCACGUGAAGUGCUCAGAGGAACUGUUCUGCUGCUUCAUCACCAAAAUGGAGAGACUCUAAACCCUGGAGGAUCUGGAGAAAUGUGUGACUUGGUGAUAACGUGAACACUAACUUAAAGUUACAAAGCAGUAUACUGUAUAUUAUAUGAUGUAAAUAUAAUGGUAAUUUAUUUUCUGCUUUGCUGCGUUUAUGGGAUUUUUCCUCAUAAAUAUGGAAUGAAGUUUUAUUUUUUAUCAAAGGUGUUGAAAUGUAUUGCACUGUAUUUUUCAUUAUUAUUGUUGGAUUGUUAUUUUUCUCACAUCCCGAGGUUUCCUUUUACUUGAGAGAACAGGGUUUUUAUUUGAAGAGGAACGUUUUAGUAGCACGGGGUUUUCUAUGGAUGAUUUUACUAUGUUUGCAGUCUGUGCAUCCCAUUGUGUUCUCAUUUCCCCGUUAGCACGAGCGUCUAGUGUCCACGCGGUUACACAGCUACAUCCUGAAUGACACUGUCGAGCAACACCGCAAACUGUCACAGCUUACAUCUGAAUUGAGGUUUAGUAUUUCUUUUGAGAGCAUCGCACUCCACCUUCAGCGCCACAAAGCCCUGGUCAUUGAGAGGCACAAACAAAACAUCAAUUCUGGUUGUAAAGCUUUUGCGAGCUCUGUGGUUGCAAUUGUCUACUCUGUAUUUGUCCUUUGUGAGGCCAGAGCAUGUGAUGAUGCCUUUUUUUUUCAUUCCUGAAAUAUUUUAGUUAGAGCAUUAAGAUGUUUUAUCCGCUUCACUGAUUUUAUGCCUUAUGCAAAUGAUAAUUUACUAAAUUAUAAAUGUCAUUUACCUGUUGAUUAACAGUAUAAGAGCACAGAAUAAAACGCAUUUAAGUGGCUAACUUUUCUGUUACUGUAUUCUCAGUCUGUAAUGGAUAGAAAACAGUGUUUCAUUUUCUUUUCUUUUAUAUACACCAGUUUUUGGAUCAUUUUAAGGAGCUGCUUUUUUAGAAUGACUGCUGCUCACGUGUCUGUUUGUAGAAGCCCUCCGUAAUAAUUACCCAAGAUUGCACAGACGCUAAUACCUUGUAUUUAACAUGGCAUCUAUUAUCGGUCCAGUAUUGCACUUUGCUUCACCACUAAUAAGGAAAGGUGUCAUGUCAAGCUUUAGCGCCUGUUAUGCUUUGAAUCUAACAUGCCAACUUUCUCCGUGGUGUAAAGCCUGCACUGUAUGGUUGUGUAAUGAACAAUGAACUGCAAAAAGAAAAAAAAAAA